GGAGUGCAAUGGCGUGAUCUCGGCUCACUGCAACCUCCGCCUCCUGGGUUCAGGCAAUUCUCCUGCCUCAGCCUCCUGAGUAGCUGGGAUUACAGGCACGCUCCACCAUGCCCAGCUAAUUUUUUGUAUCUUUAGUAGAGACGGUGUUUCACCAUGUUGACCAGGAUGGUCUCGAUCUCUUGACCUCGUGAUCCACCCACCUCGGCCUCCCAAAGUGCUGUGCUUAUUGAUUUUUAAGUAAAGGGAAGUUUGUCACAAAGAAAGGGCAGGUUUGGUUUAAUGGUUCAGAAAGUUAGAGAAGAAGGUGAAAAAACUUGGAGGGUAGUAACAGUCUCUCUUUUUUCUUGUGUGUUUCCAUAUAGUUGCCUUGGAGAGAAUCAAAAGAAGCCCAGAAAGCGAAACCCAGAUGAGGAAAUAAAAUGGGAGGAAAUGACUGCGUUUGAAAGAAAACACCAAGAUCAAGAUAAGAAAAGUCAAGAAGUUUCAUCCACUUCUAAUCAGGAAAACGAGAAUGGCAGUGGUUCUGAAGAAGUGUGCUACACUGUCAUUAAUCACCUCCCCCAUCGGAGGUCUUCCCUGAGCUCCAAUGAUGAUGGCUAUGAGAACAUUGACUCCCUCACAAGGAGAAUGAGAGAGUUUAGAGAAAGGUCAGAGACAGAAUAUGCCCUUCUUAGGACUUCUGUUAUUAGGCCUUGUUCCUGCACCCAUGAGAAUGAUUAUGAAGUUGUGCUUCCACACUAAAACCCUCAAGCUGCUUUAUCACCUUCCAGCAAUGCAGAUGACGCAGACUAGCAGACUCCGGAGGAGUCCUUCACUCUGAGUGGUGCAUGAAAUAUUCAUUUCUGACUAAAGUUUAGAAAUAUUAUCUUACUGUAUAUCCUUGGGCAACUGUGGAAUGUGACAUCUCUGUGGUUUAGGUGAAAUCAUAUAAAUUGACACAAUAAAGUAUUCUACGUGUUUUGCUUGUAAAGUUUGAGGACAUGGAGGUGGUAAAAAAUUAAAAAAAACUUAAGACAAUAACGUAAACUGAAAAUAAAAUCCUAAUCCCCCUAACUAACUGAAUAGACCCCGUUCUGGGCCAAGGAGACCUCAGAUUAACCUGAAAGGCUGAAUUCUGGCCAUGAUAGGGAAGGGGGUGAAACACACGUUGUUAUACCCCUCCCCUUUUGGAAUAUAGGCACAAGUGACCAGGAUCAACAUUAAAAUAAAGAUUGUAUGACUGAUGAAACAGACUGAUUGUGGCAAUAGGAGUCCCAUUCCAACCUGACCUUGGUAUAGCAUUACACACCGUCUGAGAGAUGCUAUCUAUGAGUCUUGUCUAAACAGCAAAGAGCUUGUUUUCCACAAUCUCCUUAUUUUAGCGAAAGCAUUCUUUUCUACUCACUUCUUAAGUCUUUAGACAAAGCUUAACUCUUUCAACCAAUUGCCAAUCAGAAAAUCUUUGAAUCUACCUAUGACCUGUAAGCUCUCUCCUCCUUCAAGAUCUUGCCUCUUUAAGCUGAACCAAUGUGCACUUUCCAUGUAUUGAUUUAUGUCUUUACUUGGAACUCCUGUCUCCCUAAAAUGUAUAAAACUAAAUUGUAACCUGACCACCUCAGGCCCACUUUCUCAAAACCUCCUAAGACUGUACCCCAGGCCAUGGUAACUCACAAUGGCUCAGAAUCAACUUCUUUAAAUAUUUUGCAGAGUUUGGCUUUUCGUUAAGAAUAAGCCUCCACAAAUAUAUGCCUCAAAAUCUUCAAUUCCAACCCUGCUCUCAAGAUUUCAAAUGCCAACAUCUCCCCUUCCAAUUACUUAUGUCAUCUUUGAGGUGUAAUCCACUCACCAAACUUUAUAAGACGAGUGACCAGACCCUUUGCUAAGCUAAUAUUCACUUCAGUUUUGCUUUUUCUAUGUACUAGAGAUUCCUGCUUAUAAACUUGCAGUAAUAGUUCAAGAAUUAAUAGUUUUGACAUUGGCUUUUCUCAGAAAAGAACCUGAAAGUGUCACACACACACACACAGAAAAAGGUGAAAUGAAUAAUACAUAUUUGCUCAUUGUUGCCUUUCUAGCCAAUAGAGAAUUGAAGGAUUUUGUUCAAAGAUUAGUAGAAAUUGAAAGUAAACUUGUGCUUAUACCUUUGUUUGCAACAUACUAGCUAAUCUAAUUGUGAUUAGUUAUCGCUACUGAAGGUGGAUGCAUAGUUUCUGGUUUUAAAAUUGAAGCAAACUGGAAAAUAAUCCACCUAAUUAUCCUUUCUUUCCCAAGAAGUUUUUAAAUGAUAGCCCAGCUUCCUAAUAUGGAGACAAAGGCCUUAACUUACAUGCAUUCAUAUUUUUUGGUAUAGUUACAGUAUACAAGUUGAGUAUCCCUUAGCUGAGAUGCUUGAGACCAGAAGUGUUUUGGAUUUCCGAUUUAUUUUUGGAUUUUGGAAUAUUUCCAUACGCAUAAUGAGAGAGUUGGAACAUGUUAUUCAAGUCUAAACAUUCACUUAUGUUUGAGAUAAACCUUAUCUGAAUAGCAUAAGGUAAUUUUAGAUAAUAUUUUAAAUAAUUUUGUGCAUGAAACAUAGUUUAUGUACACCGGACCAUCAGAAAGCAAAAGUGUCACUAUUUCAAGUUAGUGCUCAAAAAGCUUCAGUUUUAGGCUGGUGAUGCGGUUCAUGCCUGUGAUCCCAGCACGUUGGGAAGCCAAGACAGGUGGAUCUCUUGAGCCCAGCAGUUUGAGACCAGCUUGUGCAACACGGUGAGCCCUUGACUCUACAAAUAAUUAAAAAUUAGCCAGGAGUGGUGGCAUGCACCUGCGGUCCCAGGUACUCAGGAGGCUGAGGUAGUAGGAUCGUUUGAGCUUGGGAGGAUGAGGCUGAACUGAGCCAGGAUUCUGCCACCAUACUCCAGCUUGGGCAACAGAGUAAGACUCUGUCUCAAAAA